AUGGACAACCCUGCCGAAGGUCCUCGUGAGUAUCCCUCUCCCUAUUUCCCGCCUUCUUGCCCCAGACCGCUGACCAGCAUGACCACAACAGCAGGAUACGACGUCGGCGACGUCCUGGAGUUGCAAAUCCUCCAGAGCAACAACGACUUGUUGCCCCAACACGAGAAAGUCUCGGUCGAGAUUACUGCGUUCAUUACCUGCACUAUGGCUACCGUCGUGCGUGUCAAAUUCGACAAAGGUUGUGCCGUCCUCAAGCUCUACGACCGUCGAUUUGGCAAUGGACUCCGCGACUGCGGGUACCAAAACAUCCCCUACGACGACCAAGCCAAGGCUGCUUUUCACGGAUUCCUGAAGCGAGGCGCCAUGGAACCUUUCCUCAAAGAGAUGGACGACGAGGACUCGACAACCAAUAUGAUGCCACGAACCGCAUGUCAGAUUCGAGAUGAGCCCGACGGAGUCGCCCGCUUCGAAGCUCUGCUUUGGACAUAUACUUUCAAGCAUUUCAAAACUGAGACAGAGGCAUACACGCGUAUGCAGGAUCUUCAGGGGGUUCUGAUCCCCAAGUUCUACGCUGCGGUGCGUCUCACCACCGGCGUGGAAAACACUGGGGAACAUUCGUACUUUGAUAUACUUGGCAUCUUACUUGAGUCCAUCGACGGCUACUCUCUAGAUGAAUUCAUCUUCGAACCUUGCGCCCCUAAGACCAAAAGAGAGUGGUUAUAUAUCGUACAGGAUGCAGUCGACUCAGUACACGAGAUCAACAAACGAGGCAUCAUUCUCGACGACAGCGCCCCCCGCAAUGUGGUUGUCGAACAAGCCUCGCACCAGGUUUUCAUCAUCGACUUUGCCCAAUGUUUCUUCAAGGAUACAAUGUUCAACACUUGGGAGUGGGAUACGGACGCAGAGGACUAG